AUGAUGAAUAAGACACCUGUGGAACUUAUGCUGGACAAGGGUGUUCACCCUUAUUCUCAGUUUGAUUACUCCAUGGUCCAUUGGGAGGGGGAAAUGUUCCCAACUGCGCAGUCUAUCUGCAACUUCUUGUGCUAUGAGAAAUCUGGAGAUAGAGACAUUAAAGACAAUGGGGGUUUAGAAGUUGUUAGUGAAGGGGCACUGAGGCAAUUGGGGGAUGAGGCGCUGUCUUUUCAGACAGCAGGGAUCUUGACUUUGAAGACUGUGGAGGAUUUCCUUUGUCAGGCCCCUUUAAACUGCAUCCUCAAAGUACCUGAUGGCUCCAAAGUGCCUGAUGGCCUUAUUCGCUUUUCCAAAACACAAGUUCCAACCCAAGAUGUGAGUGAGGUUGGAGAUUACAAAGAAAAAGCUCUUAAUUACAGUUCAGAGGUCAAGAACAGUUGUGGUUACAUACGGGGGAGUUCUGUCAAGCGGGCAAUUAAAUUGGAAUAUUCCAGAUUGGUUAAGUUGGCCCAAGAAGAUACCCCACCAGAAACAGAUUAUCGUUUACAUCAUGUAGUGGUCUACUUUAUCCAGAACCAGGCACCAAAAAAAAUCAUUGAGAAAACAUUGCUGGAACAAUUUGGAGAUAGAAAUUUAAGUUUUGAUGAAAGGUGUCACAACAUAAUGAAAGUUGCUCAAGUCAAACUGGAAAUGAUAAAACCUGAAGAGGUAAACUCGGAGGAGUAUAAGGAAUGGCAUCAGGAUUAUAGGAAAUUCAGGGAAACAACUAUGUAUCUCAUAAUUGGGCUAGAAAAUUUUCAGAGAGAAAGUUAUAUAGAUUCCUUGCUCUUCCUCAUCUGUGCUUAUCAGAAUAACAAAGAACUUUUGUCCAAAGGCUUAUACAGAGGGCAUGAUGAAGAAUUGAUAUCACAUUAUAGAAGAGAAUGUUUACUGAAAUUAAAUGAGCAAGCUGCAGAACUGUUUGAAUCUGGAGAGGAUCGAGAAGUAAAUAAUGGUCUGAUUAUCAUGAAUGAGUUUAUUGUCCCGUUUUUGCCCUUAUUACUUGUGGAUGAAAUGGAAGAGAAGGAUAUAUUAGCUGUGGAAGAUAUGAGAAAUCGAUGGUGUUCCUAUCUUGGUCAAGAAAUGGAAUCACACCUUCAAGAAAAGCUGACAGAUUUUCUGCCAAAACUGCUUGAUUGUUCUAUGGAGAUCAAAAGUUUUCAUGAGCCACCGAAAUUACCUUCGUAUUCCACGCAUGAACUCUGUGAACGAUUUGCCCGAAUCAUGUUGUCCCUCAGUCGAACUCCUGCUGAUGGAAGAUAAACUGCACACACUUUCCCUAGACACACUGUAUAAACUCUUUUUAGUUCUUAACCCUUGCCUUCCUGUCACAGGGUUUGCUUGUUGCUGCUAUAGUUUUUAACUUUUUUUAUUUUAAUAACUGCAAAAAACAAAAUGACUAUACAGACUUUAAUCAGACUGCAAACAAUAAAGCUGAGAAUCGCAUGGCACUCAGACUUUGUUUUAAACAGAACUGAUGUAUAAUUACAAAUCUGAUUGAUUUUAUUAUGGCAACACUAUUUUUGCCACCUUUUGCCACCUUUCUGUUACAGUGUUACUUUGCUUUUAUCUUUUCUUUAUCAACAGCUUUCCGUUCAGUCUGGAGGCUUUCCAUGACUACAGCCAUUUAAGUGUUCAACACUGUGUACGAUACCUACUAUUUGGUAGCUUGUAAAUGAAAUUAAAGAAUAAAGUUUUAUUUAUGGCUACCUA